AUUUUUGUUUAGUGUUUACGUCGCGGUAGGUGAUCGGAGUUUGGACUUUGAUCUUUUUUUAUUAAAAAAGGUUUUAUCUUGUGAACAUAAUUUAACAUUUAGAUACUUCCGUUGUAUUGAUUUCAUUUCCACAUAGUCUAGAACAAGAAAAUGGUGUUCCAAUUAGCAAGAUCUUUCGUGUUAUGCACACCGGCAAAAGUAGCGCCAGGUGCUUUAUCAAGAUUAUAUUCAACAGAAGUUCCACAGUUUGAGACAUUAGCUGUGUCAGUGCCUAAGAAGAAUGUUUUCCAUGUAGAAAUGAACAGGCCUAAACAACUUAAUACAUUUUCUAUGACAAUGUGGAAGGAGUUAGAUGAUUGCUUUUCAUCUUUGAGUGAUAAUUCUGAAUGCAGAGUAAUUGUUCUAUCAGGAAGAGGAAAACACUUUACUGGUGGUAUUGAUUUCAAGAGUUUUCUAGAAGAAGGAACUAAAUUAGAUGAUAUAGAAGAUGUUGGCAGACGAGCGCGAGCAUUUGAGAAAUUUAUUACCAAAUGUCAGGAUGGUAUAUCAGCCCUCGAAAACUGUGUGAAGCCUGUUUUAUCGGUUGUGCACAGUGCUUGCGUCGGCGCAGGAGUGGACCUGAUCACAGCAGCUGAUAUGAGAUAUUGUACUGAAGACUCAUGGUUUCAAGUGAAAGAAGUGGAUAUUGGUCUAGCGGCUGAUGUGGGCACUCUACAACGAUUGCCUAAGGUAGUUGGCAACACUUCCACAGUACGUGAACUUAUUUUCACAGCAAGGAAAGUGAUGUCCAAAGAGGCGCUUGAGUUGGGGCUCGUCAGUAGAAUAUACCCUAAUCAAGAGACAGCAAUCAAGGAAGUAUUAGAAAUUGCUGAUUCCAUCGCCAAGAAGAGUCCCAUCGCUAUACAGAACUCAAAGAUCAACCUAGUCUACUCACAGAGCAGACCUAAUAAGGAUGGAUUAUAUCAUAUUAACCUGAUCAACCAAGCUGGUUUACAAAGUGAAGACCCGAAGAGAGGCGCUAUGGCCGCUGUUACCAAAUCUGUUCCGGAAUAUGAAAAUUUGUAAUGUUUAUAUUUAUCCCAUUACCAUAGUGAAAUGUUUAAUCAUUGUUGCCCUUGAUGGGAAAUCUUCUUUACUUACAUAUAUAAAUGUAAAAAAUCAUUGUUUUAUAUUUUUAAGUUGUAAUAGUUAAUAAUUGUUUUGAACGUGAAUAAAUUAAAUAAAUCCUGCCUUUAGAAUAUGAACAUAU